AUGGUACCAUCUCUGAUACUUUCUUUUGUUCUCCUGUUCUUCGGCUCUUGCCAUGUCCGGGCCCAAUAUGUCUUUGCGCAUUUUAUGGUGUCAAAUGCUGGGAAUUUUUCGGUCAGUGAUUGGGAAAGUGAUAUCAAGCUAGCCCAGGAAGCGCAUAUUGAUGCUUUCGCGCUCAAUAUUGCCUCUGACGAUCCAGUCAAUUCGCCGCAAGUGUCGAAUGCCUUCUCCGCCGCAGGGAGCCUAGGUUUCAAGUUGUUCUUCUCCUUUGAUUAUGCAGGGAACGGGCCAUGGUCAAAGGAUGAUGUGAUCCAACUCCUAACCCAAUAUGGCAGUAACAGUGCUUACUACCAGUACGAUGACCUCCCAUUUGUGUCUACAUUUGAAGGGCCUGAUAAUGCCGACGACUGGAUAACCAUUAAGACAACGCUGGGCGGCCUCUUCUUCAUGCCAGACUGGUCUUCUCUCGGGGCCAAGGCUGCCCUCGAGAAGGGCGCAGGUAUCAUCGAUGGACUUUUCUCAUGGGCGGCGUGGCCUUGGGGUGAUCGGGAUUCCAACACCUUCACCGACGCCUCAUACCUCCAAUACCUCAAUGAAUCGGGCACGGCCCUGCCAUACAUGAUGCCUGUCUCUCCGUGGUUUUACACCAACCUCCCCGGAUAUGAUAAGAAUUGGUUAUGGCGUGGAGAUGAUCUAUGGUACAAUCGAUGGCAAGAGGUUCUCUUUGUCCAACCCGAGUUCGUCGAGAUCAUCACCUGGAAUGACUGGGGUGAGUCUCACUACAUUGGUCCCCUGCACGACAACGCAUAUGCUCCAUUUUCAAUUGGUGAAGCCGAAUUCAAUUACGCCGAAAAUAUGCCACACGAUGGUUGGCGCCAGUUUCUCCCGUUCGUGAUCGAUACCUACAAGUCCGGAAACGCGGAGAUCACCCAGGAGGGGGUGGUUGCUUGGUAUCGCCUCACUUCCAGCACUGCAUGUGGUACCGGGUACACCCCGGGGAACACCGCUUCCGAGUUGCAGCUGGAGUUUGAGCCGUACGAUGUGGUACAGGAUAACAUUUUCUUCUCCGCUCUUCUUGGGUCCGCCGCCGAUGUCACAGUUAGUAUCGGUGGCAAUGAACAAGUGGCUUCCUGGACUUACACUCCUGAUGGUGGCAUCGGCAUAUAUCACGGCAGCGUUCCCUUCACCGGCUUGACGGGCACUGUGACGGUGACUAUCACGCGGGGUGGUUCUGUUAUCGCAGAGAUGGCUGGAGAGGAGAUUCUCGCCGAGUGUCCGAAUACCUGGGAGAACUGGAACGCCUGGGUGGGCUACGCCAUGUCGGACGCGACGAUCUCAGCCACUCCAGCGUUGGAUCUGUCAGACCGAGUAUGCGUCAAGGGUACUAGCCUGGGCAACUUUGCCGGACUCUGUGAGUUCACUUGUCAGUAUGGUUACUGUCCCAUCAGUGCCUGUACAUGCCUGGCAAUGGGUGCCCCGGUGGAGCCGGAGGUGACUCUGAAUGUCAACGGCUACCCUAUCUCGGGAGAGGAUGCUAGCUAUGACGGACUUUGCAGUUAUGCGUGCAAUCACGAUUAUUGCCCCGACACAGCCUGUGGCUCUACGGAAGUCCCUUUGACCGUGCCAACUGUUUCCGACUUUUCCCCUCCAGCUUGUAUUGCGGGCACUGGGGACGGUAAUCUGGCCGGGCUCUGCAGUUACGCCUGUGCUUAUGGAUUUUGCCCUAUCCUCUCUUGCACAUGCACCGGGACUGGUGCUUUGGUCAUCGCACCUGAUGCCAAUACUACUGUUGGUGGUAAGGCCGCGAGCGGGCUGGUAGCCCGAGACUACGACCCCCUAUGUGACUUCAGCUGUAGCCGGACCAUACUGGAAGACGUCCGGCUACGAGCACUUUACAUGGGCAAUGUCUGA